AUGAAUCUUCGUAGCAUUAGCUCGGUCAUAGAAGAUGCAAAAAGUUACAAGAGUGUGCAACAAUAUGGAAGCAGCAUCGCUUGCAACAGAGACACAACAUGUAGUUCCACCAGCAUGAGUACCCCUAGUAUUGGCACAACACCACCAGCUCCAGCAGUUACGGAAUAA